GCUUGCCGAAUGUGCCAACGCCGUAUAAUGAUCAAACAAUUUUUUCCGCUUUUUUGACUGAUGCGUCUUUAGCCUUUAUAUAUCGUAUAAGAUUCAAGUAUGAAAUUAUGAUGAGUGGUUUCGUGUAUUAUUUGUUUGUGUUGCUUUGCUAUAGCAUUACGAAAACUGACGCAGAUAAUGUGAAAUAUUACUUCGAUUAUGAAUGCAAUGAGCCGCUUAUAGCGAACGCUAAGCUUACAGCCACAUCCAGUUUGAGAGAUAGAGGUCCAGAAAAUGCUAAGUUGUAUGGGACUAUCGCGUGGACAGCAGCCGAGAGCUCGUAUUACCAGCACCUGACCAUCAACCUUCUGCAACGAAGGGAGUUGCGAGGAAUCGCCACCAGGGGCCGUUUCGCUACUGAGGAAUAUGUCUCGGAGUACAUGUUGCAGUUCUCUGAUGAUGGUGAAAGCUGGAGAGCUGUUUCUAGUUCCGACGGGUAUCCUAAGAUGUUCGAGGGCAACCACGAUGGCAACACCGUGCAAAGAAACGAGUUCGAAGUGCCUAUUAUAGCGCAGUUCAUCAGAAUCGACCCCAUGCGGUGGAGGGACAAAAUCUCUAUGAGAGUCGAAGUGUAUGGCUGCGAUUAUGUGGCCGACACCCUUUAUUUCAAUGGCACAUCUCUAGUCAAAGUGGAUCUCCUCCGAGAUCCGAUCUCAGCCUCAAGAGAGACCAUCCGGUUCCGGUUUAAAACGAGCACGGCGUCCGGAGUGUUGUUGUACUCGAGAGGCACUCAGGGCGACUAUUUGGCAUUGCAGCUGAGGGACAAUCGAUUAGUGCUCAAUAUUGACUUGGGUUCCGGCACUGCCACCUCUCUCUCCGUGGGUAGUCUCCUGGACGACAACAUCUGGCACGACGUGGUGAUGUCACGAAACAGACGCGAAGUGUUGUUCUCUGUGGACAGAGUCAUCGUCUCUGGCCGGAUCAAAGGAGAGUUUUCGAGGCUCAACCUUAAUAGAGCUUUUUACAUCGGAGGCGUACCCAACUACCAAGAAGGCCUAGUCGUUAACCAGAAUUACACAGGCUGUAUCGAGAAUAUAUACCUUAACUCAACCAAUGUCAUACAAGAUUUGAGACAGGGGUACGAUAAUGGAGCGCCCUUUAAGUUCCAGAAAGUGAACACACUUUAUGCUUGUCCAGAACCUCCCAUAGUUCCAGUAACUUUCCUAAAAGCGUCCACGUACGCGAAACUGCGCGGUUACGGAGGGGGUAACACUUUGAACGUGUCGCUGGAGUUCCGCACGUAUGAGAGCCACGGGUUGCUCAUCUUUCACAAAUUCAAGACUGAGGGAUAUAUUAAGGUAUAUCUAGAAGAAGGCAAAGUAAAAGCCGAGCUCUAUACCGAAGGUUCUCCGAAGAUAAUAGUGGACAACUACGAGGACGAGUUUAACGACGGACGAUGGCAUUCGGUGCUUCUCACUAUGGCCACAGACGUGUUAACACUCGCCGUGGACUACAGACCCGCCAAAACUACUAAGAAGUUAAGGUUUUUGACUGGAAGCACUUAUUAUAUUGCCGGCGGCGCCAAGGGCCCCCCGCGCGGCUUCGUGGGCUGCAUGCGCAAGAUCGCCGUGGACGGCAACUACCGCCUGCCGUCCGACUGGAAGCCCGAGGAGUACUGCUGCAAGAACGAGGUCGCCUUCGACGCGUGCCAGAUGAUUGACAGGUGCAAUCCCAACCCGUGCGAGCACAGCGGCGUGUGCACUCAGACGUCGGAAGAGUUCUCUUGCAACUGCCAGGGAACUGGAUAUGCUGGCGCCGUUUGCCAUUCAUCCACCCACCCGCUGUCGUGCCAGGCCUACGCCAACGUGCAGUCGGUGUCGCGCUCGGCCGAGAUCCACAUCGACGUGGACGGCUCCGGCCCGCUGCCCGCCUUCCCCGUCACCUGCGAGUUCUACUCCGACGGCAGGAUCAUCACGGCCGUGCAGCACUCGGUGACGCAGAACACGGUGGUGGACGGGUACCAGGAGCCGGGCAGCUUCCGGCAGGACAUCGUGUACGACGCGUCGCGCGCGCAGCUGGAGGCGCUCAUCAACCGCUCCGACACCUGCAUGCAGCGCCUGGAGUACUUGUGCCGCCACUCGCGGCUGCUCAACUCGCCCAGCGACGAGAGCAACUUCCACCCGUUCGCCUGGUGGGUGUCGCGCACGGGGCAGCGCAUGGACUACUGGGCGGGCGCGCCGCCCGGCAGCCGCAUGUGCCAGUGCGGCGUGCUGGGCGCCUGCCUCGACCCCACCAAGUGGUGCAACUGCGACGCCGAGUACAGCCCGCUCAAGCCCGACGAGUUCCAAGCGGACGGAGGUGAAAUCACAGAGAAAGAGUUUCUACCUGUCAAGCAACUGCGUUUCGGUGACACUGGCAGUCAUCUUGACGAGAAGGAAGGACGUUACACGUUAGGACCAUUAUUAUGUGAAGGAGAUGAUCUAUUCAGCAAUGCGGUGACGUUCCGUAUCUCGGACGCGGUGAUAAUUCUGCCGACGUUCGACCUCGGCCACAGCGGAGACAUCUAUUUCGAAUUUAAGACUACAAAAGAAAACGCUGUGCUGUUACACUCUAAGGGCCCCACUGACUACAUAAAGCUGUCGAUAAUCGGCGGCGAUCAGCUGCAGUUCCAGUUCCAGGUGGGCGACACGCCACUCGGCGUAUCCGUGGAGACCAGUAACCGGCUGGCCGACAACCACUGGCACUCCGUGUCCAUCGAGCGGAACAGGAAGGAGGCGCGCGUGGUGGUGGACGGCGCGCUGAAGAACGAGAUCCGCACGGCCAAGGAGCCGCUGCGCGCGCUGCAGCUCAGCACGGGGCUGGUGCUGGGCGCGGCGCUGGACCGCAAGGACGGCUUCGUGGGCUGCCUGCGCGCGCUGCUGCUCAACGGCCGGGCCGUGGACCUGCGCGCGCACGCGCGCCGCGGCCUGUACGGCGUGGCCGAGGGCUGCCGCGGCAAGUGCCAGUCGGCGCCCUGCCUCAACAACGGCACGUGCCUGGAGGGCUACGACUCCUACGUCUGCGACUGCCGCUUCACCGCCUUCAAGGGGCCCAUCUGCGCCGACGAAAUCGGCGUGAAUCUCCGCCCGAACUCGAUGGUGAAGUACGACUUUCUGGGCUCGUGGCGAUCCACCAUCAGCGAGAAGAUCCGCGUUGGCUUCACCACCACAAACCCUAAGGGGUUCUUGCUCGGAUUCUACUCCAACAUCUCUGGAGAAUACUUGACACUCAUGGUGUCCAACUCGGGUCAUUUUCGUGUGGUGUUCGACUUCGGCUUCGAACGGCAAGAAAUCAUAUUCCACGGAAAGCACUUCGGUUUAGGCCAAUAUCACGAUGUGCGGCUGUCGAGGAAGAACAGCGGCGCUACUAUGGUCUUACAGGUGGACAAUUACGAAACACAAGAGUACAACUUCAACAUAAAAGAGUCUGCGGACGCGCAGUUCAACAAUAUCCAGUACAUGUACAUCGGACGAAACGAGAGCAUGAACGAAGGCUUCGUGGGCUGUGUUAGCAGAGUGGAGUUCGACGACAUCUAUCCACUCAAGCUGCUUUUCCAGCAGGAUCCGCCGCCUAAUGUGCGCAGUUUGGGAGGCGGCAACCUGCACGAGGACUUCUGCGGCGUGGAGCCGGUGACGCACCCGCCCGAGCCCACGGAGACGCGCCCGCCGCCCGACGUGGACCUGCAGUCUGACUUGGACUACCACAAGACGGAUGAGGCCAUCCUCGGCACGGUGCUGGCGUUCAUCUUCCUGCUGCUGAUCGUGGUCGCCAUCGUUUUGGUGCGGGCGCUUUCCCGACACAAGGGAGAAUACCUUACACAGGAGGAGCGCGGCGCGGACGGAGCGCCCGACCCGGACUCCGCGGCGCUGGCGGCGGCCACCGGCCCCCGGGUCACCAAGAGGCGCGAGUUCUUCAUUUAGACCAACUACUUCGCCGUACUGUCCACCGCAAAAGCAUCUCUUAUCUGCGUUCCGUGCACUCGAGGAACGCUCUUGCUCCUCCACCAAGUCGCAUUCCGUCGCAAACGCAUUUACGAUGUUAAGAAUACUUUUUUAAUACCGCCAAAGUUUACUGGCGGCGAUUACCGUUCACCAUCAAACGGACAGUCUUGAGUGUUUAACGAUAUGUUUACAAUUGAAAAAAAUACGGCAUGUUUGGACGAGAGCGUUCUGUUCCGCCAUUUCGUGGAUGGUGGGAGGGGAGGGUCGCGCUUCUGGCGAUCGUGCUUUGGAUAUUAUACAUUCCCACGUUACACACAAACUUACAUGUAAAGGUACCUGGCUGAGUCAAGAAAAACUUUCAUAAAUUUCUCACAGAUGGCCCUAUAGCCAAAAUAUCGUUACAAACAAAAAAAAACCAAAGAUCUGCAACAAGCAUAUAGAAAAAUUCGCACAGUUUGCUGGUUCGUUCCAUAGCUCUGUUGAAUUAAGGCACUGGUACCAAUUCAGCCGGAACUAAUGAUUUUUUCUUAAUAAUUGAGUUUAAGGAACCUCAUUGCAAGAUCUGCAAAAUUUUCGUUACUGAAAUUUGCCAGUUCUCUAUUAAAUAUUAAAAAUCUGAAAAGAUUAGUAGUUGUGCAAGUCUAAUUGACUUUUUAAAUUGAAUCUCAAAAUGCAACCAGUAAACAUAAAUUAAAUCCCAUGUAAUUUCACAAAAAGAAAAUACUAAUAUGUAGACAAUAUUCAAUACGUAUUGAUAAUGCAAAUAGAAAUCGCACAUGAAACCACAUUCGCUUUGAUAUCACUGCCACAUAGUACAAAUCUUAAAAACAUUGUGUGUUUUAUAUCAUGUCACUGUAGUUACGGUUUGUGAAUAAUUUAUGUCUUUCAAAGCGAAGCUUGAAAAAGCAGAAUUUUAUUAAAACACCUAUCUUAAGGUUUUUGCGAUUGUUACUCAUAGGAAAUGAAACUAUUUUUCCGGAUUUAAAUCGCGUAUAUUUGUUUUUUCAAACAAACCAACGUUUCGGGACUUUUAUAGGUUCCAUGGUCAGGGCUGACAUCAGUCAUCACUACGCAAUUUAGAUCCGAAAAAGUUGUUUUAUUCCUUAAGCUAUAAGUAGAGAUUUAAAAAUAGUCUUGCGAUUUUUUUUUACAUUAAAGAACAGUUGACUAUCGGAUUCCAUGUCGAGGCUGUGUUCAAAUAGACAAGUCGUUGACAUAAUAAGCUGAAACAAAACACGAACUAACCGACUCGCCAUACAUAGCAAG